AUGGCCUCUGCCGCCGCGUCGCUGGCCCUGGAGCUGGGAUGUGAUGCGCGCUUGGCGGCCGCUGCAUUGAAGGUUUGUGAGGGCCAUCCUCCAACAGCAGCCGAGGUGAUCAGAGACGGCCUGGCAAACCCCAUGCAGCCCUACGCAGAAGCACUGGCUCCUGGACCAUGUCAUGGGGAUGCCGUCUUUCGACAUCCCUGGGUGCAAGCCCUUCUUGAGACAGCGCGUGGCCGGGUGCGACAGGCUUUGGAUGAGCAGCCAGGGCGGCCGGAUGAUAAAUGGCUGAUUUGUAUCCGGACCUACGGGCGGCCAGGCGUCAGAUGCCAACAAAGCGAGCUUCAUCGAUUCCUCCACAGCAUCUUCGGCAAGGGGGAGGCUGGCCUGCUGGAAAGAAAGCUGAAAUCUGCCAAUCUGGGUUUGCCGGACUUGAGAAGGUUGGCCAGGAAUCCCUCUCACAAGUUUCAAGACGACCUGAAACAGGCCGGUGUGAAGAGAUUGCACCUCAAGACGGCCAAGACGCUGGCUGAGAAGGCACAGCAGCAUUGGGAGAUCCGGGAAAAAAAGCUUCGUAGUGCGGACAAGGGUCUGCGUGAGUUGACCCUUGCUGCUUUGGAGUUGGCCCUCGGCCCAGAAGCAUACAAGCAUUGUUUGAUCUUCGUGUCCCACACGGAUGAUGCCUGGAUCUCUGGCGCUUAUUCUGCUGCACUCGCUGGCACGAAGUGGGAAGGCCGACUGGUGGUCGGCGCGCAUCUCCAGGUUCGUUUCAUAGAGGAGGCCUCUCCACUAGGAAGUCACAUCGUGGUCAUGGACGACAACAUCGAGAAGCUGAUCGUGGAAAUUCCAGACGAUGCCGUCGUCGCUGAGCAGAAAGCGGCAGGUAUCAUCGAGUGCUGUACACGAUCCCUGAAGAAGGGAGACUGUAUCAGCCCAUUGUGGGGCACUGGCCUGACCACCGUAGAGGAAUCAGACCUCAUGUGUUUCCUGCGUGGAGUUUGCCCAGAAAUUGCAAAGAAGACUCUAGGUGUCGAAGAACUUCUCCGUAAAGCGAAGGUCACAUCUCUCGACGUGUUCAAGGCUUUGCCUGCGCAACGAAUGGAUACUGUUCUUACGGCCAUAGGUUUGUCAAAGAGGAAGCGAAAGAGAUGCCAUGAAGCCGCAGCCGGGGACACUGACGAAUAUUCGAAGAUACCGCCCAGACUGCUGGCACUGCCCUCCAAGAAACCCAAGCGAUGCGCAGCUGACAAGGAGCCGGAGCUGUCCCAGCUGGUAAAGCGCGCUGGGUGCGAAAUGCGGAAACGUGGUCUGCAUCUGUGGGGUGUGAAUCCCUCUAGAAAUCAAUACUUCUUGAGGAACAAAGGUGAUGAUCUUCGCAUGAAGGCCGCAAAGACAGGUGUUUUUCAGGACUACUCGCAGAGGCUGGGCCUGGUUUACGGUGCCUGGUUCGGUUUCCGAGUGACACACUAG